GAUAAAUACUGGCAGAAUAUGAAAAAUCAAAAUAUUCGUAGCUUUGAUCAGACAAACAACGACUCUAUGGAUUCCGUUUCACGUGGUACUACUACUGAUGAUUGCUGUGCCACAAAUUCCCCAACUACAUUGAAUCCAAUGACUUCCAUUGCAAGCGAUCUUUGCCCGGAUAAACAGAAGGAUGAACCGAAUAAUGCAAAUCAGCAGCAACAGCAGGAAGAGCAGACUAAAGGGUCAGUGAUUGCCGACGAACAACAAGCCGAGCAAAAGGACGAGCAAGACCAAAACAAAGGACAAGAACAGCAGAAGGAUAACAAUAACGAUAACCAGGACGGUAACCAGGACGGUAAUAAGGACGAUAAAAAGGACAAUAAUCAGAACCGUGCCGACGCCAAGGAGCCGAAAAAACGUUGUGAUAAAUGUGGCAAGAAGCUGGGCCUGAUUGGAGGUUUCCCAUGUCGCUGUGGCGGCACCUUUUGUGGCUUUCAUCGCUACAGUGACCGUCAUGAGUGCAGUUUUGACUAUCGUGAAAUGGGUGCCAGCCAGAUACGACGUGACAAUCCGGUUAUAGUGGCCAGCAAGUUACGUAAACUUUAAGAGAGACGGCGGCCGUAAACCUGAAGGAGGGAGGGAGGGACUAUGCCGGAACAUGAGCGGCAAGAAGCAGAAAGGAGAGAGGAGCAGAAAAAAUAUCUCGUUAUCGUGUCUGUUCUAUAUAUUUUUUUUUUUUAUACAUCCAUCCUUUUAGAUUUCACAAUUUCACUUUACAAAUCCGGAAUAAGCUGAACUAACAUGGAAUCAAAGAUACAACACCAAACAUAAAACACUUUAAGCAAAUUUGGAGAAAAUAGUAUGAAUUAUAGUUAAAUAUGAGAAAAUGA